CGUUUUACUCUGUUUUUUUAUAAUUUGCCUUCCUUUAGUUUUUGUUUUGUCUAUAUAUAUGUGCCCUAAUAAUAGCAGAUGAUGAAAUCUUAUCCAAUUCAAGAAAAUGGCAAUUGCAAGAACUGGGGUUUAUGUUGAUGACUACUUGGAAUAUGCAAGCACUUUACCAGCUGAGCUUCAGAGGCUUCUAAAUACAAUUAGAGAACUUGAUGACCGCUCCCAAGCUAUGAUAAAUCAGACAAGACAGCAGAUUAAUUACUGUCUGGGUAUGGGAGUUUCUUUCCAAAGCUUGAAGAGAGGAAAUUAUGAAGAUGACGAGGCCAUACUGAAAAAGGAUAUAGAAGUCAGCCAGGAAAAUGCUCUAAGCCUUUGCACCGAAAAGGUUUUGCUGGCACGACAGGCUUAUGACCUUAUAGAUAGCCAUGUCAAACGUCUCGAUGAGGAUCUAAAUAACUUCUCUGAAGAUCUGAAACAAGAGGGAAAAUUACCACCGGAUGAGCCGAUCAACCUUCCACCACUACCGUUAAUCUCUAAAAAUGAAAAACGAAAAUUACCUUAUGGAACGCCGCAGCAAAAGAAGGUUGAUGCCAAAGACAGGGACUAUGAGCGUGACAGAGACUCUGAGCUCAUGCCUCCUCCAGGUAGCCAGAAGAAAGAUUAUGCUCCUAUCGAAAUAGAUCAACCUAUUGAUCCUAACGAACCAACAUACUGCGUCUGUCAUCAGGUAUCUUUUGGAGAUAUGAUUGCCUGUGACAAUGAGAAUUGCCAAGGUGGUGAAUGGUUCCAUUAUCAAUGUGUUGGCCUCACACCAGAAACAAGGUUCAGAGGAAAGUGGUAUUGUCCAACGUGCCGGCAACUACAGCGCUAGUUAGAUAUUCUCUUUCUAAAUCUUUACGAAAGAAAGGAAUGUACUAGUGAAUGUCUCUCUUCCACAGGAGUGUGAUAUAAUGCCGUAUUAAUGAGUUUUGUAUAGAAGAGGGCAUAUUGAAGUUUUCGCAAGGCUUGGCCCUUUUGUUCUACUUUGUUCUCCAGAUUAUAAAUUUAAGAGAUAAUUGGAAAACGCAUCCCUUUAGUUCGAGCAAAUUACACUUUAUUACCUAAACUUUAGAUAAUUGUGAAAUGCAUCUCUUAACAUGUUUUGGCAAUGCACCUUGAACCCUUUUAACCGAUUUUUGUCUAUUUUGACCUAUCAAUGCGGAAUUUAAAAGGGUGAAAUAGACUUAAGAAUUGAUUAAAAUAUAAUGUUAUAGGUUCUUAAAUGUAUUUUACCCUUUUAUUCUAAAAUAGGUCAAAAUAGACGAAAACAAGCCAAAAGGGUUCAAUAUGUGACGCUAAAAUAUGUUAAAGGGUGCAUUGUGCAAUUAUCUAAAGUUUAGAUAAUAAAGUGUAGUUAGAACCAGAUCAACGGGAUGUGUUUUGCAAUUAAAUCUGAAUUUAAUUCUUAAAACAAAACUUUGAUGUACCAUCUUCAUUAUUAUGUAUUCUCUUGCUAUAA